AUGAUACUGGUUAUUGAUGAUGUUUAUGAUAUUUAUGGCACAUUGGAAGAACCAAAGCACUUCACAAAUGCCGUAAAUAGGUGGGAUGUUAGUGAAACUCAACAGCUUCCAGAGUGCAUGAAGACUUGCUUCCUAGCUCUCUACAAUACUACUAAUGAAAUCGCUAAUGAAAUUCAAAAGGAGAAGGGUGCUUGGAACCAAUUUUUACCUCAUCUUAAAAAAGGGGCUGAGAGAGCAAGAGGUGAUGUUCCCUCAUCAAUCCUAUGUUAUAUGAGAGAAGCUGAUGUUUCAGAAGAAAUUGCACUGAAGCGCAUCGAAGACAUGAUAAACAAGUGUUGGAAGAAAAUAAAUGGGCAAUGCUUCAACCAAUUGCCAAUGCUGCAAUCAUUUGUCAAUAUUGCAACAAAUAAUGCUCGUGUGGCACAUAGCCUUUACCAAUAUGGAGAUGGAUUUGGAGUUCAAGACCGAGACACUCAGAAAAAUAUCGUGUCUUUACUGGUUGAACCUCUCGAGCUCUACUGA